GAACCGGAGGGCGGGACUACAGCGGCGUGGGUUCGGCUGGGUGACACAAUUAUAACAACUUUAGCUCCGUGGCCGUGGAGGAUUUUAUGGUCAAAUACACACUUUUAACGGACCCUUCUUCUAUUUUUCCACCUUUGCAUUGCAACACAACCGCACUCGCGUUGAAAAUGUGACGCCCCGAAGGAAGGAACUACCGGAGAGUAGUGUUUCUCUCUCUCUCCAGCUCAAAAAGGGGAUUGUACCACCAUCAAAAUCGCAUUUUUUUUUUUAAUCCGGGGAGAAAAGUUUUUGAUCAUUUCUCUCUUGUCUUUUACUACAACAUUUUCCGAUUCGGCGGAUCGAUACGGGCUGGUUUCGAGUCUGCGAUCCCAUGCAAUCGUGCGCCGCCGCUUCGCUCGCCGCCGCCGCCGCCUGCGCCGCCGCGCCGCGGAGCCGCGUCGCCGCCUCGGCCUCUGGUGGGGAUGAGGAGGAGAAAAUGGCGGCGGGAAAAGCCAGUGAAACCGAGGAGGACUUUCCGACACUGACAGCCCCGGAGAGGGAGCGUCUGGCCGGCAUGGACAGUUCACUGUUUGGAUUCCAACGGCUUCAUGAAGAUGGCGCCAGAACGAGGCCCCUGCUGAUGAAGGCGGUGCGCUGCUACGACUCUCUCAUCCUGAAGGCCGAGGGCAAGGUGGAGCCGGAGGUCUUCUGCCAGCUGGGACACUUCAACCUCCUCCUCGAGGACUACCCCAAAGCAUUAUCCGCAUACCAGAGGUACUACAGUUUACAGUCGGACUACUGGAAGAAUGCAGCCUUUCUCUAUGGACUAGGCAUGGUGUACUUCCACUACAAUGCCUUCCAGUGGGCGAUCAAGGCCUUCCAGGAGGUGUUGUACAUCGACCCGGGCUUUGCCCGAGCAAAGGAGAUCCACCUGCGGCUCGGCCUGAUGUUCAAGGUCAACACGGACUACGAGUCGAGCCUGAAGCAUUUUCAGCUGGCUUUGAUUGACUCAAACCCCUGCACUUUGUCUAAAGCUGAAAUCCAGUUCCACAUCGCCCAUCUGUAUGAGAUUCAGAAGAGAUACCGUGCCGCCAAGGAGGCGUAUGAGGGCCUCCUGCAGGCGGAGGACCUCCCCCCACAGGUGAAGGCCACCACACUGCAGCAGCUAGGCUGGAUGCACCACACGGUGGAGCAGCUGGGGGAGCGAGCGGGUAAGGAGAGCUAUGACAUCCAGUGCCUGCAGAAGUCCCUGGAGGCCGACCCCAACUCUGGACAGUCCUGGUACUUCCUCGGCAGGUGCUACUCUAGCAUUGGCAAGGUGCAGGACGCGUUCAUCUCCUACCGGCAGUCCAUCGACAAAUCAGAGGCCAGCGCCGACACCUGGUGCUCGAUAGGGGUCCUUUACCAGCAGCAGAACCAGCCCAUGCCAUGUGUUCGCAUCCCCAUGACUCUGUCUGCACCUUAG